AUGAUAAAGCCUACUAUUACGGUGCAAGAUUUACAGGAUACAGACAAGACAAACCGCAUCAUUAACAGGUCAUUCGAGCAGGUACUCGACUUGGUCAAGGAGUCAAAGCAAUGGCCCGUCAUUCACACGCACGGAGAAAUCACAACUCGUAAAAACAAGGGCCAUCAAGGCCAUGCUUACAUUCAACGCUCCAGUAUACAUGGUGCAGAUCAGGUCACAUAUGAUCAAUUACGUUCCUUGCUGUAUCUCAACCACAGUGUAAACGAGACCAAAUAUGUAAAACAACUGACAGAUGCCGUUUUAUUGCAACAUGUACAUGAUGGAGCAGACCUGUUUUGGCUCGGUUUUAAAACACCCGUACCAAGCGCCAAUCGAGAAUUUGUAGAGCUAGUGGCUACUCGAGAAACCGAUGCUCGAUCCUUCAUGGUAACAAGCCAGCCUGUUGCCUACAAUCCAGUCAAACAGGGCUAUGUUCGUGGUGCUUAUGAAGCCUGGGAACUGGUCUCUGAAAUAGAAAAUGAACAAGGAGACAAGCAAGUCGAAUGGAUCUGUAUUCAGCGUUCAUCAGCAGGUGGUUUAAUACCUCGUUUUAUGUCUGACUGGGUGGCAGCAAAAGAUUUUCAUCAUGAUGUGGAAGGAAUUAUUAAGUAUAUUCAGAGCAAUGAGGAGGGUAAUCCAUACAUAAAAUAG